CGUCGGUGGCCCGCCAUUUGUGGACGGGUGCUGGUGUGGUGCAAACUAGGGGCACGUGCGCAGGAGUUGUAACAAGGCCCCACUUGACAACAAAGAUGGCGUCUUCGUCGUCGUCCACCUCGUUGCAGACGAAAGCAAUAGGCCUAGCCCUGGUGGUUUUUACGCUUCUGGCGUCAUCUCAAGGUCAACAGCCAAAUAACGUCGGCGCCAACCCGCAGACUGCCGGAACCGGGCCAAAUUCGCCGUUUCAAGGCCAACCCGGAUCACCACCACAGCCGAUGCCGCCCCAACAGCAAGGACCCGCGGGAGCCGGCUUCCGAAGGCGCGGUCCGUUCCCGAGGUCGGGCAUCGAGGGCCCCAUGGCGGGUGGGCCGGGCCGCGGCAUUCCUCCCGAGGUCCUGGCUAGGCGCAUGGCGUUCCUCCAGGCGGCGGCGCGAGCGAGAGCGAUGCAGGAGGCCACGACAAAACCUGACAUCAACACCUUGCCGUACGACUUCGGAAAUGGCCUCAGGCCCCGAGCCGGCCGCGACGAGGGUCGACCCGUCAUGGUUCCCACCGGAGUUCCCCAGUUCCCUCACCCCCAGGGGAUCCCCACACGGCAGGGCGGAAACAGAAACAAGGGCAGCGGCGGAGGCCCCGGCCAGCCGAGAGGCCGAGCGAAGCGGGAGCGCGGGCUGCUCGACGGCACGCACAGGCGAAGCGCCCGCGCGGUGCAAGAGCUGAUGCACUCCGAGGAAGAAAAAUGAAGGAUGCAGACAACCGACUCGGAAGUUGACAUGACACAGCGAAAACGGCGAGACGCUUUAACAAAAAAAAACGCAGGUGAUUUGACUUGGCAGCCUAGAGGUGCCGGCAAGAUGAUCUCACAAGAACGAAGGCGACCGGAACGACUCAUUAAGAAACAAAAGAAAUAAAGAGGAGAGAGAGGGGGGGGUGAGAGGUGGCUGCCGUAGGUGCUAAAGCCAAAUAUAAUGCUUGCACUUACAAGUUUUUCACUACACCGCGCUCAACAAAUAAAGUGAAAACGUCAA